CUGUUUUUGUUCAGUCUAGUUUUUUUUCCCCUUCUGGAGAUCCACGAUGAAGAUCACGCUGGUGAGCGUCACCGUGACCAUCGUGCUCCUGAUGCAGGUCCACGCUGACGUCCAGCCGCAGAAGAACUUUGACCUGAAGAGGUUCGCAGGUCGGUGGUACCGUGUGGGUUUGGCGUAUAACUCCCCCAGCUUCGCUCGGCACAGGCACAAGCUGACCAUCUGCAUGGGUGUGGUGGAGCCCAAGGAGAACGGUGACGCCCUGAUGACCGUGUGGAAAAGCAAGUCAUCCAUCUGCCAGAAAGAAGUCUACAAAUAUGAGAAGACGUCUGUACCUGGCGUGUUCACCUACUUCAGCACACGACACAGCCGGGUGAAGGACAUCACUGUGGUGGAAACCAACUACAGCGAGUAUGCUGUGAUUUAUAAACACAGGAAGUUCCACAGGGAAUUCUCUCAGGUGUCUCUGUACAGUCGCAGUCAGAAGUUGAGAUCAGAAGUGAUCGAGAAGUUUAAAAAAUACUCCAUGCAGCACGGCUUCCCUGAAGAGUCUAUUAUAAUACCACCACCAGCAGAUAACUGCCCCCCCACACGCCACUGACGUGGUGUUGGAUUACAGCAUGGCGUGAGUUGACAUGAGCUUCAGACAGAACUUCCUCUACAGAGAACUGACCUGGAAUUACUGACCUGGAACUUCAUCCUCGAUCAACCUACAUCUGUAUCUCCACCAGCUGUUAAUGUUAAAGUUAAUCCCUAAUAAAGUGGCAGUGUCGGUGUUUGUGUGUCUCUGAGUCUCUGUAAGGUGAGACGCUGCAGGUUCUUCAAACCAAUUAAAAUGUAUUUAUGCAAAUGAGGCUUCAUGGAAUUUAAUAGGCACAGAUGUGCAUCUUUAACACAAUGUAAGCAAUUUGGUCUGUAGAUGAUGUGAUGAAUGAGAUGUUUCUACAUUCGACUUGAGAUUCAUCACAACAGUUUUAUAGAUUUGUAGAUGAUCAAAAAUAAUAAUAAAUAAUCUGAAAAACUAUUUACCCGAAUUAUCAUUUUUACCUGUAGAGCGAUUUCUUGAGAUUAUGUAUUAAAAUACAGAAAAA